CUGUUCACGCUUGGCUGUCGAAGCUUCUUGGGUCAAAAAUCUAUGGUGCUGCUCCGAGCGCAACUUUUCCUCGCCUUAUCAAGGUGAUCAUGAACAUCGCAACACUGGAUCACAAGUGUGAACUGAAUCAGUUUCUUCAGAAACACUGCAAGCGGUCGCUUACCAAAACCGACAUCGUGUACACAGUGAGCAAGUUCGGUCAGCAGUCACAAGCUAUUGUCAAGCUGAAUUGCUUAGAAGGUCAAGAGUAUGCAGGACACCUUUGUGCUGAUGCGAAGAGUGCAGAGAAAUCUGCCGCAGAGCAAGCCUUGCAGGCAAACUUCCUUCUAGUGCAAGCGCAGAAGGAUCAGCCUAAGAGAAUGAUGUCCGGCGAGGACGGUUUCCUUGCGGAGAAAAAGCCCCGCAUCGAUCCUGCUCUGAAUCCUGCAAUUACUCCAAAGACUGAGUUGAACUCCUUGAUCGGCAAGAUUUCCAAAAAGGUUCUACAGAAGGGUGAAACUUUGUACGUGGCCAACAAGAUUGGAAGCCUUUAUCAGGCGACGGUGCAGAGCGCAGCACUUCCUGAUGAGUGGGCAUCACGAGCUUGGGCUGGCGAGUUGUGCCCCACACGACAACAAGCCGAACAGAGCGCAGCUGAGCAAGCUUUGAAGGACAUCAAAGAAGAUGCCGAGCUGAUGGAAAAGGCCCACAGACCAGGAAAGCCAGGUGGCAAAGGUCAAAAGACCAGCGGUGGUGGCGGCGGCGGCAACAAAGGAUAUUGGGGACAGAUGAUGCAGAUGAUGCAGACCUUCCUACAAGAGGGUGGUGAAGUGAUGUUCAGAGAACAGGUGACAUCGGAUUUUGUGACGGGAACCGUGCUCGAAUGGAAAGGCAAAUUUGGAUGGAUAAAGCCUGAUGCACCUGUGGACCACGAAUUCUCUACUUGGAGAGACGGGAAAGUUUGGGUCUCUCUGAAGGACCUGUCAGGUCUGGAAGAACUUUCAGAAGGUCAGAGAGUACGGUUCAAAGUUUACGUGGAUCCGAGUGGAUUGGGUGCGGAGGAGACCAGCUUGGUCUAAGCCUGGCUUGGACGAGCUUUGUUUCACAUGCUUCACUUGGCAUCGACCCGCAAGAGUCAUC